AUGAACCCCGCACAGAUUGAAGAAGCUGGGUCGAUAUUACAAGAAACUGCGGUAGACUGGAGAGAACUUGUAGCUGGAAGCGAAGGCUUCCUCACAGGCAAGCAAUGGCGAGGUCUCUACCGACAAGAGGUGGUAUGGGGAGAAAUGUCACGACUGUGUGUAGGACAGCAUGGUCACGUCAACAAUGUCAUGUACAACCGGUAUGCGGAAUCGGCUAGAGUCAACUGGACGCUGAACUUCGCCGCAAUGGAUCCACAGCAUAAAGCUGAAUGGACGGAGCUCAUGACCCCAAAGAGCGUCGGCUUGAUCUUGAGAAGCAUCAAGACGGACUACAAGUUUCCUAUGAAAUGGCCUGAUAGGAUUACCGUACUUCACAAGCUUCGGGACAACCCGUCUGAAAACAGUGACCACUUCAUCUUGGACGUAAUGAUCCUUUCAGAAGCACAGCGUCGUCCAGCAGCACGUUGUGUCGAAGACAUCGUUACAUACGACUACCGCACAGCUAAGAAGUCGCCUUUGCCACCUUUCAUGAUCAAGAAGUUACAAGAGACAUUCAAGCUACAGGAAGAAGCCAAAGAGAAGAACAGCAACAGAGUCAGAAUCCUGUUGGACAGAGUUAGGGAGCUAGAGAAGAGCAGCUGGGAUAGACCGGAUGCUAAGGAAGACUUUGGUAGCGCGAAUCAGUAG